GGGGGGGGGAGUCGGGGUCCGCGUCGUCCAUACAAACACGCAAGUACUAGUUAGUGUUUAAGCCCUUUUACCUGUCCUGCGCGAACUCCUACUAUGCCCACUCGCACCCACAUACGCGCACACACACAACUCGCACCCUCGAACGAGGGCGUUUCAUCCACGCGUCUACCGGCAGUCGGUUUCGGGAAAUCCAGCCUCGCCCUCCCGCAUCGGCUCAGUCACUACCAACCCGACCCGACCGCACUCCAUGUAUCCUCAACUGGACUCCGUAACCCUCCCCCCCCUCCCCAUGCUUCACACUUCCGCGCCCUGACCAGCAGAACCAUUCCGCUGGAGGACGGGGGGGGACGGACGGCCGGCCAACUUGCCCAUACCGUAUACUUCGUAAACGCUGUAGGCAUACAUGUACCUCCCUACCCUAGUCCCCCCGAGAGCACACACGCACAACGUCCGCCAUCCCGCUAAUCAUCCUCGCCGUGCUGGCCGUGCUGGAA